GUAGCGGACGCUGUUCGCUUCGUGCACGCGCAGAAGAUGGUGCACAGAGACAUCAAGUCCAGAAACAUCUUCCUCUGCCGCACAGGGAAGGCUCUGCUGGGAGAUUUCGGCUUAGUGCGCUUGCUGGAGUCCACUUGCGAACUGGCGCACACUCGCGUCGGCACGCCGUACUAUCUGAGUCCAGAAAUCAUCCGCAAGCAGCCUUACAACUACAAGACCGACGUGUGGAGUUUGGGCGUGCUGCUCUACGAAAUGGCGGCCCUCAAGAGGCCCUUUGUCGGAACGCUCGAAAGUCUCCCCAAGAUCAUCAUCAAGGGCGAGUACGAGCCUCUGGGGAGCCACUACAGUCCUGAAUUGCAUGGAUUGGUGGCACGGAUGCUUGCAGUUGAUCCGGCGCAUAGGUUGGACCUGGCAUCCGCUCUGAACGAGGAGGUCCUAGCAGCGCCUCUACGCCGCUCGCGCGAGGCAUUGGGACUCGAGAUUCCCGAGGCUGCGGGUGAGGCUGCGGCCGGCCGAGCAGAUCGCAUUAGGAAGGAGAUACAGGAGACAAGCGAGCACAACCAGUCAGAGUGGAUUGGAUACAACACAAUGAUACGACGAAAAGAAGAAGGACAAGGUCCUGUCCUGGGCGAUGAUAAGAAGGGCAUUGUGGACCUGGCAGAAGCAAGAGCACCGCCGGGCAUUGAAGGCACCGUGGGCCCGGGAGACUGGAGCACAGCCCAGCAACGAGACCCAGACUCAGGAGAAGAGGAGCUUGCCUCGGCUUCAGACGACUCCUGGG